AUGGGGUCACCCAUUCAUCUUGGCAAAAUGGUCAGUAGUGACAAGUUAGGGGUAUCUCUUCAUGGUGCUGCUAAACAGGGUAAUAAACGUGCUGUAAAACGUGCCAUAGAUAAAGGAAUAUAUGUGGAUUAUCCAAAUGAUGAAGGCCAGACACCACUUUUUUGUGCAUGUUUUGCUAAUCAGGAAGGGGUUGCUAAACUUUUACUUCAACGUGGAGCUGAUCCAAAUGAGAAAAGUAAUAAUGGUCAAACGCCUGUAUUAAUGAUAUGUUUGCGUGGAAACAUAAGUUUAUUACAGAAAAUGAUGGACGCAGGUGGUGAUCUAAGAUAUCAUGAUAAUGAUGGCAGAGGAUGCAUAGACUGGGCGUUAAUGAAUGAAGACCCAAAGAAACGAAUUAAAAUGAUAGAUUUUAUAAAUAAGACGCGAGUACAUGCUAUGACUUCAGCUGAACAAGAAGUUAGGUUUAGAAAAGACAGUAACAGAAGGAGUAGAACAAUGUUAACAGUUCCAGAAUCACUUGUAGAUAUAAUUAGAAAAAAAUUAGGAGGAACUAGACCUUUGGACAGUACCAAUAGUAUAAGUAGAGUUGAGAGCCGAGGAUUUGGUAGGGUUUACACAGGAGAAAAGGAUGGUGGGCUAGUGUCAGUUACUCCUUUAGUGCCAGAAGCCAAUUUACAAUUUGAUGCUUAUGGUCCGAGUUUUGAUAAUGGAGCUUUCAUGGCAAUGGAAAGCAUGUUUUGGUAUAAAAGUACUGUCACAGUGAAAAAAUUACAUAAAGUUACACAGCCAGGAGGUUAUAUUGAUUUACUUAUUACAGAGGCUGAAAGAUUGGGCAAGUUACAUCAUCCUAAUAUACUGCUAUUAAUGGGUGUUUGUCAAGCCUACACUAUGGACUCUAUGAUGCUGGUAUUUGAAAGAAUUAAUGUUGGAUCCAUUUACUAUUAUCUUCAUGCAAAGUUAGAAAGACUUCCUACACAAAAUAUUAGAGAUAUUGUGAUACAGAUUUGUGAUGCUAUGAUAUUUCUACAUCAGAAUGAUAUUAUCCACUGUAAUUUAUCAUCACAUGCUGUUUUUCUAGUUAAUCCUUAUUCAGCGAAGAUUGGCAACUUUGAAUAUGCAAUGGAUAGUGAAAAGGCUGGUUUAGGAAAACAAAGUGCAGCAUCUCAGAUGAAAUAUCAAAAUGCUUUAUAUAAUUGGAUGGCCCCAGAAUUGAUGGAUGGUAAUGAACCAGGAUUUUAUAGUGAUGUAUACAGCUAUUGUUGUCUUCUGUGGGAAAUAUUUGUGUGUGAAGUUCCGUGGGAUAUGUGUGAUGCCGAAUUGAUAAAGCAUAAAUUAUUGGCAGAAAGACAGUCCUUAAUGAGAGAAAAUGAUAAAAUACCCAAUCUUUUUAAAACUAUAAUUAGAUAUGGCUUAGAGAUAGAAUAUAAUACAAGAAUGCUAGAUUUUGAAACAAUUCGAACCUGGUUGGCAGCACCGCCAGAUAGUAUACCAACUUUGCCUCAAAGACACAUGUCACUUGAAGAAACAGAACCAAAAUGUAUAGAUGAUGUUGAUGGCUAUACAAAACAUGCAGGGAAAAUGGUUGAUGAUAGACAUAGGCAACACAAUACGUCACCAAAUCAUCAACGUAAACAUAGUCCAUCCCCUGAUAAAGCUGGAUCCACCAGGCAUCCCAGAUCGUCAUCAUAUUGUCAUAAUGAAAAUAACCAUCAUGAUCAUCAUCAUUCAGAACAUAGAAGCAGAAAACAAAAACAGGAAUGGUAUGAUGAUGAGGAUGAUGUUGAUUUUUGUAAGAAUGAAGCAUACAAUUAUUAUGAAAAACAUCCUAAAUCUCCAGGAAAACGGUCUUUACCAGGACAUUAUACCAGAAAAACAGAUGGAGUGCAGUUUGAUGUGAAUAGACAUAAUGAUGGUCAAAUGGUAGGCUAUCAUGUGAAAGUCAGAUCACCUAAAACCAGACAAAAACACCAGUCAAGAUCAAGACCAAAUAGUUAUCAAAAAGAUUUAACUAAUACAGAAAGUUCAAAUGAAGAAAGACGGUUUGUUUGA